AUGAACGCUACCGCUAUAUCUUACAUAGUCCUCGUGUACACUGGGGACAGACCCGGGGCAGGAACCGACGCUAACGUCAAAAUACUGUUUUAUGAUGACCGUGGAACUAAGACACCACAGUUUAGACUAGAUUCAUUCUUUAGGAACGAGUUCGAAAGAGGUGGGACAGAUGACUUCAAAGUUAAGUUGCCUAACGACCUGCAGUUUGGGUGCGUCAAAAAAAUUGAGUUCUGGAGAGACUCGGUGGGCCUGGGGUCUUCUUGGUACCUGGAUAGAAUCUCGGUGAUAGAUGAAGCCCGUAAAUAUGUGUACGAGUUCCCUGUGUUCCGUUGGAUUAAGGCUGACCACCAUUACGUCAUCGAGCAUCUGGACACCUCGCUCCCGCAGUUUGACGAACAAAAGGAACAACGGCAAAUGGAAUUGGAGGAGAACAGAAAACUCUACAAACUCAAAGUGAAAGUCCCCGGAUUACCUCCUCAGGUGGCAAGCAUUCCAGAGGAUGAAGAAUUCGCUAAGGACUAUAGGUGGGACAUGAAGAAGCAGAAAUACCAACUGGCCGUUGACACUCUUAUGAUCGGGAUAAAGUCAUCAAAAUGGACCACCUUGGAGUCAUUGAGGAAUCUCUACACGGCUCAUCGUCUUCCUGAACCCAAGUGCACAAAGACCUGGAUGGAAGACAGCCAUUUUGGUAACCAGAGAGUAGCUGGAGUCAAUCCAGUUCUGAUUAGCCUGUGCACACAUAUACCUAGCAAAUUUGGAGUUACAGAUAACAUGGUUGAACCCUUUCUAGAAGGGUUAUCUCUGCAGGAAGCUAUCAACCAAAAACGACUGUUUAUCGUGGACCUCGAAAUCAUGGAGGAUGUGCCUUGUCAAAAUGACACAUUUGUUGUCUGUGCCCCUUUGGUAUUGUUUUUUGAAGACAGAGACAAUCAGUUAUUACCCGUGGCAAUCCAGCUGUUCCAAAACAAAGGACCGGACAAUCCGGUAUUUUUACCGUCCGAUCCGCCUAUGACCUGGCUCCUGGCCAAGAUGUGGUACAACAACGCUGAUUCCGCAUAUCACCAGGCCCUCACACAUCUGGGUUUCACUCACCUGAUAAUGGAGGGUAUCUCUGUCAUCACCCAGAGGAACUUGUCCCAGUCUCAUCCAAUCUUCAAACUCCUUGCCCCGCAUUUCCUUUUCCUCAUUGCUAUUAAUACGCUGGCCCUCAAGACGCUUAUAUCAAAAGGUGGAUGGGUGGACUCGGUGGAAAGUGUAGGCAUUAAAGGCACCUUUUUUCUGAUAGCCAAAGGAAUCAAAGCAUGGCGCAUGGAUGUGGAAGGAACCAUACCAGAGGAGCUCAGACAGAGAGGUCUGCUGGAUGAUAAGGUGCUCCAUUUCUACCCGUACCGUGAUGACGUCAUACUGCUGUACGAGGCCAUCAGCUCAUACGUCACUAAGAUUGUGGAUUUGUAUUACGAUAGCCCAGAGAAAUUAUCAGGUGAUCAUGAGAUACAAGCAUGGGCGAAAGAGUUGGUGACCCCUAAAGAAAAUGGAGGAUGUGGAAUAUUGGGUGUACCAGGUAAUGGAUACUUCACCAGUAAUGACCAGCUCAUCCUUGUUCUCACCUCCAUCAUCUGCACCUGCAGUCUUGUACACGGGGCCUUCAAUUUCCCUCAGUAUGAAAACUACGCCUUUCCGCCUAACUAUCCCAUGAUGCUGAAGGGAACGCCACCUAAAGAUAAAAAACCGAGGACAGAGAAGGACAUUUUGAGGGCUAUUCCAGACAAAGCGGUUGUUCUUGACACCAUGCUGGUAGUGAAACUACUCAGUUCCAAGGGGACAAACUGUCUGGGAGACUUUGAGGUUAACUUUGCAUUUGACCCGAAAGCCAAGGAUGUUAAGCUCUCGGAAAUCAAGAAAAUCAUAAGAGACAGAAACAAAACUCGACGGUUGCCGUAUGAGUGGCUUGAUCCAGAAAAUAUUCCGAACUCCAUAAGCAUCUGA